AUGAUGGCGUCUGCGAAGCGCUUACAGGCGUCCCAGGACCCUGAAAGCUUCAAUGAUGAAAGCAAUGGCACAUCUCUGACGUCCACUUCGGUACGACUACCAUACAUGUUAUGCAUUCAACAACUUAACCUAGUUAUACAGCGCAAACGUAUUCGUAGGUCUGAAACAUCCCGGUCGGAAGAAGACAACGAAUCAAGCGAUGCUGAGACAACGAGAUCUUGUUCCAUCACCGAGGCUCUGGAUGAUGACGAGGAUGAAUUGGAACUGCGUGCUACACAAGCAAUUCAAGAGAAAUACUCUUUCGUCAAUGAAGAACCGAAUAUUCCUGCUGAGCACGGCAUCCUCGAGCGUGUCGAAUGUUACAAUUUCAUGUGUCAUGAUCAUUUCCGAGUCGAAUUGGGCCCGUUGAUAAAUUUUAUCGUGGGCAAGAACGGUAGUGGAAAGAGCGCUGUUCUCACUGCCAUAACUCUCUGCUUGGGUGGUAAAGCUUCUGCAACCAACCGUGGUCAGAGUCUUAAAAGCUUCAUCAAAGAAGGGAAAGAAAGUGCAACUAUCAUCGUGCGGCUGAAGAACCAGGGUGAUGGAGCCUUUAUGCCUGAUGACUAUGGAAAGUCAAUCAUAAUAGAGCGUCACUUCUCGAAAAAUGGUACGAGUGGAUUCAAGAUCAAAGCUGAGAAUGGGCGUAUAAUUUCCACUAAGAAGGCGGAGCUCGACUCAAUUAUUGACUAUUUCACACUCCAAUUUGAUAACCCGAUGAACGUCCUCUCACAAGACAUGGCUCGCCAGUUUCUCAGCACGUCUAGUCCCGCCGAUAAAUAUAGGUUUUUUGUGAAGGGUGUCCAGCUGGAGCAACUGGACCAAGACUACAGACUUAUUGAAGAAUCUGCCGAUCAAAUUGAAGAGAAGCUGAGAAACAGAGAGCAAGACAUCAAAAUCUUAAGAGAUCUAAAAGAUACAGCGGAUCGCAGAUUGGAAAAAUCAGAUCAGCAGGAAUCACUCAGAAGCCGCAUUAGGAACGUUCGAAACCAAGUGGCCUGGGCACAGGUUGAGGAACAGGAAAAGGCAAGUCACACAGUCUUUGGGGCCAACUCCCUGGAGGGCGAGCUCGCGCGGACAGACAGAGAGAUAGCAGCGGCUGAAGCUCAAUUGAGCGAAUUUGACAUCAAUAUACAGGACACAGAGCGUGAAUGUGCGGCUGCAGCGGAGUUCCUCAACCAAACUACUUCCAGGCUCGGUCAAGCUGAGACUUCUGAUAGUCUUGCGCAGGCCGAACAACGUCAAAUCAAGGAAUACCUCAGAACCACAGAGACAAGGAUUCGUGAAACUCAGAAUCAGAUUGCUGACGAAAAUCGGCGCCUGGCAGAUCUUAGUGGCGGGAGUUAUUCUCGGAAAGAGGAACAAGUCCAACAAGCAAAGAUCGAGGCCGCUGAAAUUCGGAAACAGUGCGAAGAGCACCAGCAGAGUGCUCGCCAGCUAUACCAAGAAGCCGAAGAAGCCGAGAUUGCGGUCAAAUUAGCUGCCGCUCCUAUAGACAAAAUGAAGGCUGAGGUUGACCAGGCAGAAUCCAACUUACGCAGUCUCAGCAGGGAAGGAAUCAGACGUACAGGCUUUCAUGAAAGGAUGCCAGCACUCCUCAAAGAGGUAGAAACUGAGCGGUCCUUUUCCAGGAAACCUGUGGGCCCCAUUGGAAGUUACGUGAGCUUGUUAAAACCAGAGUGGUCAUCUAUAUUGGAGAACGCCCUUGGCACCACAUUGAACAGCUUCAUAGUGACCUCUAAGCGAGAUAUGAACAUUCUUUCACACAUUAUGCAGAGGGUUGGCUGUGAUGGCCAUAUUGAUACGUCAGAACAUGAGCCGGAACCUCACUACGAUACAGCCCUACGAGUUCUUCAAAUCGACAACGAGCUGGUUCGGCGACAGUUGAUUAUAAAUCACGGCAUAGAGCAGAUGCUUCUGAUUGAAAGGCUGGAAGAUGCCUCGUCUGUGCUCUUUGAUGGGCAACGCCCGAAAAAUGUGAAGCGAUGCUACUGUAUUGAUCGGACAGAUCGGCGCCGAGGAAUUCAUCUUUCCUACAGUCGGACAGGAGAUCCCAUUCAGGCACCAGUCCAAGCCUACAAUGGGAGUCCACGGAUGAGAUCCGAUUUAGAAUCACAGAUCAGAAUUCAGCGCGAUGUAGUAGCAGGUCUUAGACGCGAACUAAGCAAUCAAGAACAGCAACUGCGCUCCGCUCGAUCUCGCCUGGAGAGCUGUAAGCAAGCUAUUGAGAGACAUAAGCGAAGAUCAAAAGAAUUACAAGUUCUGUUGCAGAGGCAAGAAGAUCAAGUUGAAGAGCUCACUGACGCGCUUGAACGAGAGACUGUCGAGGAUGGACAUCUGGAUGUGCUACGAACAACUCUUCAAGAGGCCGAGGCAGAGAAACACCUAAACGAAGGGUCUUUGAAGGACAGCGUGGAUGCUAUGGAUGCCAUCAUGAGGAAAUUGAAAGCGACCAAGCAAGAGCUUUCCGCAAAAGAUGCCGAAAUUUCAACCUUGCAGGAAGAGCUCCGGGUUGCUCAGGGAGAGGAGCACUUAGUGCAAGACAAGCGCCGGAAGAUCAUUGGUCUUAAAAAUACAGCAAUUGAGCGAGUCAAUGACAUCAAGCUGAACAGAACAAGGAUUCAACAAGAAAAGGAUCGUGUUGCCGCACGUGUCGUCGAAUAUGAGGAGAAGGCCAGUCUAGUCUCUCCACGUGUUGCGAUUGAUGAAGGGGAAACUGCCAACAGUCUGUCCAAGAAGCUUGAGAGACUCCACGGUGAUCUUCAACGCUCGAAUCAACAACUCGGGGGAUCGCGUGAUGAAAUUGCUGCUGAAGUGGAAAGGGCUACUGCGGCCUAUCAACGAGCGAUGAAACAAAUUGAGGAGUUUCGACUGCUAGCUGACGUCGAGCCGGACAUAACAAAGGAUAGUGCGGGUCGUGGUGCGAAGACUCUGUCCGGUGGCGAGAAAUCAUUCUCGCAAGUUUGUCUCUUGUUGGCGCUCUGGGAGGCCAUGGGAUCCCCAGUUCGUUGCCUGGAUGAAUUUGACGUAUAUAUGGACCAUAUAAACAGGAAAAUGGCGAUUGAUAUGCUCAUGCUCGCUGCCCGGCGGUCCAUUGGGCGACAAUUCAUACUCAUAACACCGGGUUCUAGAGCUGAAAUCACCCUGGCACCGGAUGUCCGAGUGAAAGAGUUGGCAGAGCCAGAACGUGGCCAGAUGAGGCUUUUAUUUUGA